AUAGGCAGCACCUUAUCUUCUCCUUUGGCUGCAAAUACACAAGAAAAUAGUGACCAAAAUAUUACCAAUGGUUUGCUAAGGAAAAUUCUAAGUGGAACUAAUGCUCAAGCAUGCAGUAGUCAAGGUUUAAUACCGCCUCACAUCAGUCAAAUUUAUGAUGAAUUAUUUGUCAUACAUCAGAAGCUUCAGAGAGAAAGUUUAGCACAGCAGGAAUAUGCUCUCCAACUCCGGAAAAGAGAGCAUUUUCUGACAGAACGAGAAACAGUGCUUUUUAGACAUGAAGCAGCUUUGGCUAAAAUACGAAGUGUUGAGGAAGAAGUUCACACAAAAUUUGGAAUUAUAAAAGAGCAACAUGAGGCAGAAGUGAAACAGCUGACAGAAGUCUUGAGAGAAAUAACUAAAGAAAAUAGGAGGCUGAAGUCAUCAUUUGAAACCUUGAAGGAAGUAAACGACUCUUUAAGAAAACAGUUAAGUGAUGUAACUGAGCUGAACAAGAAGUUGGAAGGUCAAGCAAGAAAAGUACAAGCUCGUUUAGAGAAUCUACAAAGGAAGCAUGAAUUGUUAACAGUACAGAAGUCUAAGAAUAUCUGUCAAGUGGUGCAACAAAGUAAACCUGUCAAGCAGGAAAAAGUGAUGGUAACAUCAAAAAAUGCUAAGCUACCAAGGAAUUCACAAGUUUAUGAGCUCCUAACUUGUCUUAUGGAUUGGAUCUCAGACCAGCAUCUUAGCAAAAUAAAAAUACAUGAAGAAAGAGAGGACAGUCAUAAACAUCUGGCUAUUGAGACCUCAAAAAAGAUCUGCACCCAGGAAAGAUGUAUGAAGCUUCUGCCUAUAGCUACUGAGCAGCUCCAGUGGAUGCCAUUUGUGAAUUCCAAACUACACAUGCCUGUAAUUAAAUUUAUUUACUGGUCUAUAAGGCAGUUAGACACUGGUGUUCAGCAUGCAACAAUGACUUCAACAAUGAGGAGACUUGGUGAAGAUAUUUUCAAAGGCAUAGUAAUUAAGGGAAACCCACAUAGUUCUUCUGAACAGUCUACAGAGAGUAAAUCAAAAUUGGCAGCUUUUUUUAAGAGUUCCUGUAUGCCUUUGAGAUUUCUCUCAACUUUAAUUGUGCUUAAAACAGUGACACAAGUGGAUUACCUGGCUCAGGCGUUUGAUUCCCUUAGAACAGACUUGAAGACAGAUGAAGGGAAGGCCUUAUUUUUGGAAUACCAGUGUGUGCCUAUUAUAUUAAGUCACUUAAAAGUAUCCAGUAGAGGUCUGCUUUCCAUUGCUCUUGAUGGAUUACUUCAGAUGACCACAGAAUCUGAUUCUGUACAGCCUUUCCUGGAAGCCUGCAGUAAUGAAUCCUUCUUCCGAACUUGCUCUCUUUUGCUUCGAAGUUCUAAGCUAGAUACUCAGAUUUUGGAAAAGCUCUGUGUGAUACUGCAAAAACUCUCCAGGAUAAAGUAA